AUAAGAUGGAAGUUUAACAAGGUCCUGGCUUUUCGAUCGAUAGCAUGCCAAGAUGCAGACCACCAAAGUUUUGCGAUUAUAGAAUGGCGAGAAAAUUGAUGAUUUUCUUCAGUUGUCUCGCCAUUUUGCUUAAUGUACCGUAUUGUUUGAUUUACACCUACAACGAACAAGGAGAUUUGGUUACAACGAGUUUCUUUCAUUCGUGGCUGUAUAAUCUUCAAAACUGGCUACAAUUCGUAUUGCAUGGUUUGAUACCCACUGUUCUCUUGUUGGUGGCGAAUAUAAUCAUGUGUCAUUCAAUCAGAAAAAUCUUGAAACGAAGGCAAUUGGUGUUGUGGCAGAAAAAUAUACGGGAAGGAAAUCGUCUGAAGGAUCAGGCACGAAUGAACGUGAUGAUGGUUGGCAUCGUGUUCGUAUUCCUUGUCGGCGAGGUGCCAACUCAUUUGGCAUCACGACUCACUGCUUUGACGCUUCUCUAUGGUGGAGAUCCGACAAAAGUUUCUGAAUAUUAUAUGGAGACAUUUCGUAUGUACGCUACUCUCUUGAAUGCGAUAUCGAGUUCGGCCAAUUUUGUGCUCUACUGUUUGCUAAGCCAACGUUUUCAUUCACAUUUGAAGCAUCUUCUGACUGGCAAAACUAGGCAGGGAAGCAAUAACAUCAAAAGCCACGUUUCAUACGUGGUACGAGUCAAAUCCAGUGAUAUCGAAAUAAAUAACUUUGAAUGUACUAACGUUAAAUAUUUCUAACAUUUUAUUAUUAUCAUUUUUUAUUGCUAUAUUUUAUUCUAUCUAUAUCUCACAUUUUUUAAAAAUAAAAAUUAUUUUAUAUUUAUAUUAGAAUACAUCAAUUCCAUAGAUAAUAAUAUAUUUGAUUAGUAAUUUUUUAAUAAUAUAUCAAGCAUCUAUGAAUAUAUGUAUUAAUCUAUAUGUACAUUAGAAUGGAAUGAAAAAAUUAAAAUUGUACAAUUAUUUUUUAAUUGCGAGAAAAAUCUUAAUCUUCCAGAUUUGUUGUACGUAAAAGUAUAUUACUUUUUCUCAAAAUUAAUUCAAAUUUAUUUAAAAUUAUUUAUACAUAAAUCCCAGAACAAAGAAAAUUUAUAAAAUCGAUGGAAAUUAUUUUUAAUUGGUUUAUAACACUUCAAAAAAUCUAUCGAUCAAAUUCCAAUUUUAAUAAUUUAAAUAGAGAAGAUAAUUUUUUCGUUUUUAAAAUUUUGCACUUAUGUUUCAUUUCAUUCCAACAUUUCAAAUAAAUAUAUGUAAAUUAUCCUAUUAUGUUGUAUAAAAAUAUAAAUAAAAUGAAUUUUGCUAAAAA